AUGCAUGUGGUGUUGGUGAUGUCGUCCGGAACACAACAUGUGUUCGCAAGCAUGCGCGCAUUGAACUUUUUGAGCGAACGGAACCAACUGCUGCAGUAUCGAUCAGUGACACACUUAGUCCGCUGCGGCCGGACUGAUUUGAUUGUGCUCGCAGAUUUGAACAAUUUAACGAGCAGCUAGAACGUACUGCGCUUCCGUGUUUCUAAUUAUAAAGAGAUUUGCAAAAUCACGGCUAACCGAUCGAUAAAUUCGAAAACGAAACAGAACAACAAAAAAGUGAAUGCUACACAAUAAAAAUGGCGUUCGGAAUAUUCAAAAAUGGAAAUCAGUAGCAUGAAAUGUGUUUAGAGAAAAGAGUCUUUUUGGUGAAACGUUCUACAAAACAAUUUGAGAAGCAGAUGAUACUUUGCACACACAGAAUUGAAAAGUUUCAGACUAUUCGGACACUGCUCAAAGUGUAAAAGUGAUAAGAAAGAGGGCGUUGACGAGCGCAUAGAACAGGCACAUUUCGCACACAAUGAACAUUCAAACUUUUUAUUUGAAAUUGAACAUAUGACUUGAAAGGCUUCUAAUCGGAAAUGUUGCUCUCGAAUUUUCCUUUUAAAAUUCGCUGUCGCCAUAGAUAUUGUGAGAGGCUUUGUGCGGCCGCAUGCGGGAAAAGAAACACCGGCGGCUUAUUUUCUAUUCUGGGAAUUUUUCAAGUUUAGAAGGACUUUUUACAGCUUUUUUCGAUCGAAACCGGGUUUUGCAUGUUUUUCGAGUGCUCUCUGCAAUUUUCUGCUAGUUUUAUCUCGCCAAAACGCAAUGCUUUUUGAUCUCCGCAUUCUCAAUUUUGAAAAUCGCCAACAUGUUCUCUGCGUCUCUUCACUCCGCACACUCUCUCGUCGCGCGACGCAAGUGCGCUCCAUUGUGAACCUAAAAUAAUUUUCGUUUCUCGUCUUUUUCCUCCUCAAUUUUCGCGAUUUUCGGUCGAUUUUCUUCUAGUUUUCAGAAAUUUUAGGUUCCGUCUGGUUUUAGAAUCAAUAAGGUACUUUUUAAAUCUAAGCUUUCCUCGAAAAUUCCGUUAUUCCCGCUAGAAACUGUCGAAAAUAGGAUUUUUGUGAAUUUUUCAAUAUUUCCACUUUUCAGAAGCAGAAAAUGGGCAAGAAGAAUCUUGACGAGACAGCGAACGAGUCGGUCGUGUCUGAGGCCGCCGGAGACGCCACGUUGACCACCGAGAAAGACGAAUAUCAGGCGAUGUGCGAAUUGGUAUCGAUUUUUAGGAAACAACCCGAGAAAAAAUGAUUUUUUCUAGGUAAACCCGAUCGCUCAACCGCUCGCCAAUCGCAAACUGGCCAAAAAGGUGUACAAGCUGAUCAAGAAGGCCUCGUUGGCCGACAAAACUCUUCGCGAGGGAAUCAAGGACGUGCAGAAGGAGUUGCGCAGAAACGAGAAGGGAAUUUGCAUUCUGGCCGGUAUGAUUCGAUUCAAUUUAGGACACGAAACAAUCCACUUUUUGCAGGAAACGUGACGCCAAUCGACGUCUACUCGCACAUUCCGGCGAUCUGCGAGGAGAAGCAGGUGCCAUACGUGUACAUUCCGUCUCGCGAGCAGCUCGGACUCGCCGUCGGCCACCGUCGUCCGUCUAUUCUGAUCUACGUGAAGCCGAGCGGCGAGUACCAGGAACUCUACGACGAGCUCGCCGAGACCCUCCUUCAUCUGACCGUCGACGCCGCCUAA